GGCGUAGUGGGGUCAGAUCUCUAUCUUGCAGCGAAACCUUGGAAGUUUCAACUUAAUCCUAAACUCUCCAUAAAUUCAUAACUUCACAACUAAUCCGCGACACCUUUCUACAAACCACAAUAAAUUCAGGACCUGCCAUACUUUCGAAAUAAUAACAACAAACUCUGAAUUUCUUGUCGGAGAAUCACCGCAUACCAACCAACCUCAAUUGUGACACACAACCUGAGCCAUCGGGUUCCAACAACGGUUCUCAAAUCAAUACAAUGUACUCCUCCUAUCUGAACUCCAUUACCUCCAAAGUAACCUCGAUCCGACAAAACAUAUUCCAAGGCGAAGCCGACGGCGAUACAGAAGAUGACACCUAUCUCUGCCGCGUAAUGCGCACCUAUUACCUCCAAGAAAAGAAACAAAAUCUGCCAGCGUGGCUUCCUCCCGAUCCACGCGGUCCAGCACCUACUCCUGUCGUCCAACCAAUGUAUUCCCAACCCGUCGGGUCAACAUAUGGUCAAGCGCCUAAUACGCCAGGCGGCUCACAAGGUUUGAACAGUCUCUUCGGCGGCGCGACAGGAAGAACAAAUGCGCCAUCGCCACCUCCUGGGAGUUUGCGCGCAGCGAGAGGAACAGCCGGGCCGGCUCGAACCCAGAGUCCUUUCGCGAGCCAACAGGGUGCAAGCGCAACGGGUAGUUUAUCUGCGCGAGAUAGAUUGAAGAUGGGGAGAUCGAAGGGUAGCGCGAUGAAUACUAAUGCGAGCCAUGAUUCGGGAGGGGACAAACCGUUUAUGGCGGCGACGAGUCCGUGGGCUUCGAAUGAGGCGGAGUUUAGUGGUGGGGGAUACGAACCGCCGGCGCCGAGAAGGGGAAUGGGAUUACCCAGUGGAGGACCUGGAGCGGGAAGGAGACCGGGUUUACCUAGUGGACCUAGGUCGGGGAGAUGAUUGGGAAGGAAAAGGGGGAGAUGUGUAUCUUGGGAGCUGAACUGUGAAUAUUUGCGCUGGUCGUGGUCGUGAGAUUUUGAUGCAUGGCGUGGAGUCUUAGAUGGUAUGGUGUUAAGGAUUGGACAUAUUUUAUCGAGUGGUGGUGUAUGGAGUCAAUACUUUAAUAUAGCAUGGUAGGGAGUUGGAGCAGCGGAGCAGUGGUAUUUUGAAAUAAUAAACUAAUCCCUCUUAUUCUACA